AUGGGUGACUUACUAGUGGAUUUGCCGAAGGAAAAUGAGGACGCUAUCAAGAGCAAGAAGGCAACCUACGAAAUUCAAGAUGUGAUUUCAAAAAGUACAUGCGGAAGUGUGUAUCAUGUUUUGCGACUCAGUGAUAAGAAACAUUUGGCCAUGAAAUGUGAAUCCGUGAAAGUGAAAACUCCGACACUUCGACAUGAAGCCAGGGUGUUGGAGUCACUCAGAACUCUUGUCUCCCCACAUUUCCUUACACUGGAAGAUAGAGGAAUAGUGGACGAUAGAUUUUUGUUUGUCAUCCUUAAAUUGGUCGGCAAGAACUUGCUUGAUUUGCUUCAAGAAUUACCGGGCAAGAAGUUCAGCAUGGGGACUGGAAUAAGAGUUGCUGAACAGACAUUGUCUGGCAUCCGUGAUCUGCACAUCUGUGGUUACAUACAUCGUGAUAUAAAGCCAGACAAUUUCGCAGUGGGAAGGGAGGAAGAUGACAAUUUUCACACCAUUUUUAUACUUGACUUCAAAUUUGCCCGUAAGUUUAGAGUAGAAGGGAAGGAUCUGCGUUUGGAACGCAAUCAGGCUGCUUUUCGUGGAACACCACGAUAUGCGAGUAUCACUGCUCUGAGUAUGAAGGAGCAGUCGCGAAGAGACGACUUAGAAUCAUGGUGGUACAUGAUCGUAGAACUAAUGAUUGGUCAACUACCUUGGCAAGAUCUAAAGCCAAGUCAGCUCGAAGAGAUCAAACACAUGAAGAAACAAGUGCGAGUGAAGACGAAUCUAAAAGUUUUCUUGAAGAACACUCCACAAGAAUAUAUGACCAACAUUAUUCUCUAUCUUGACACGCUGCACUAUAACUCAAUACCUGACUACGACCACAUUGCAGAUCAGUUAGCAGCAGCAAUCAAGGCUCAUUACAUUAACUAUGACUCACCUCCGGACUGGGACCUUUUGGCGGUUUACAAAGGACCAAAAUAUGAGAAAAAUGUUGAACCAGAAAUGGGACAUGCAUAA